AUGCACGCCACCGGCCACACGGACCGCUCGGGCGGCGGCGGCGGCGGGGGCUCCUGGCGCCUCCCGCCCGACGAGACACUACAGGUCGCCGACCCCAAGUCUGCCAAAGAAGAGGACUUGUACCAGGGGGAUGGCCACAAUUGGAGAAGCAUCGUAUUUUCUUUGAUGGUCAUCGGUUUUGUUAUAGCGGGUAUUGUCACAGCUAUUUAUCUUUUAGGGUAUGUGGACGAAUUAUUGUAUUGGUCGGGACGGCGUAUGCGCCUCGACGAGUUCCUUCAUGGGGAUCUCACCGGAGACCGAUUGCCGACUACGUGGGUGAGCUCACACCAACUGGUGUACCAAGCCGACGACGGAGGUCUACUUGCGCUAGAUACCUUCAACAAUACUCUCACAGUACUCGUCACAAACCACACUCUAAGACAACUAAAUGUACGCGGCUACGAAUGUUCUCCCAAUUUGCGCUACGUGCUCUUUCAACACAAUAUCAAGGAAGUUUACCGGCGGACGUUUACUGCGCACUACACCGUUUAUGACGUCACAAAUGACCAUCACAUUCCCUUGUUUGGCGAGGGUCAGAGUUCCUGGGAAUGGCAGCACGCAGCUUGGCUGGGGACAGAAGGGUCGCUGUUGUUGGCAGCCGACAACGAGGUGUUGGCUCGACCAGGGCCACCCGCGAAGAGAGCACCGCUGUUGCGACUUACCAGCGACGCAAGUCCUGGCGUCGUAUACAAUGGAGUCUCAGAUUGGCUGUAUCAAGAGGAGGUGACAAAAAGAUCUUCAGCGACAUGGGGAUCGAUCGACGGCUCGCUGGUGUUGUACGCACAAUACGACGACAGCGCGGUAGCAGAGUUACGCCUGCCGAGGAUCGCAGAUGGGAUCGGCGGUGCUGUUGCAGCACGGACCGGGUUUCUGUUGCCCAACAACAACAUUACUACACACACCAUAUUUCCAGAUCAGAUCACUGUCAGAUACCCUACGCCUGGCAGUUCGAUACCAAAGGUAACGUUGUCUAUAGUAAGUGUGCAGAACUCAACAGCCCCGCCAAGAUGGGAAGUAAGGCCGCCGAGUACAUUAGAUGGCAUGGAAUAUUAUCUCAUAUCAGCCCAGUGGGUGGGCAAAGACAAUUCUCAUGUAGGUGUAGUGUGGAUGAAUCGAGCGCAAAAUCUUACAGUUUAUAGCAGUUGUUACGCACCUAAUUGGACUUGCACAGAGACGCAUUCAGAGAAAGCGACUGAAGAGCCAUGGUUAGAGGUGCACCAACAACCCGUAUACUCAGAAGAUGGCAGUGCAUUUCUUUUAUUAGCUGCCGUGCAAGAAGGCGGCGGCCAGUACUACACGCACAUUAAGCACGUAGAUGUACUACGGCAGCGAAUAGCUGUGCUCUCACACGGCAAGGUCGAAGUGGCCAGGAUCCUGGCAUGGGACCAGGAAAACAAUUUAGUAUAUUAUUUAGGCAGUGCAGACAGGCCUGGACAAAGACAGGUUUAUGUAGUUAGAGACCCGAGUUACGGCGGUGGCAGUAAUUCCGUGAAAGCGCGGGCGGACCGAGAGGAGCCGCGGUGUUUAACGUGUGAGCUGGCAGUGUGGCCUGCACGACUUCACUAUGCCAAUUGCUCAUACUGGAGUGCCGUGUUUUCCCCACCGCGCCCAAAGCUAGGAAUAACGCACUAUGUCUUAGAGUGUAGAGGUCCUGGACCUCCACUGGCUGGACUGCACGAUGCCAAAACCCAUAAGCUAGAGAGAAUAUUAUAUGACACGAGGCCUUAUAGAUCAGUACGAUUGCGCGAGCUGGCACUACCAACUCGACGCUCAUUCGAGGUGCAGCUGGGCAGCGGCUCCAAAGCGCGGGUGCAGUUACUUCUGCCUCCAUCCUGGAGAGAAGAACUGCGAGAUGCUGCCUUUCCUGUGCUUGUCCACGUAGAUGGCAGACCAGGCAGUCAGCAAGUAACGGAUGAGUUCCUGGUAGACUGGGGCUCGUACAUGUCAUCACGCAACGACGUAGUAUACGUGAAAUUGGAUGUGGCAGGCGCACGAGGUCUGCCAAGAGCAUUGCUACGGGGUAGAUUAGGUGGCGUCGAGGUCGCUGACCAGUUGGCUGUUAUUAGAUAUUUAUUAGACACGUUCAAAUUUUUGGACGUAACCCGUGUCGCCGUCUGGGGCUGGGGCUAUGGUGGAUAUGUGACUGCGAUGUUGUUGGGCAGUCAGCAGACUACGCUCAAGUGUGGCAUCGCCGUGUCACCUAUUACUGACUGGCUUUACUACAAUGUUGCUUUUACGGAACGCAUUCUGGGCCUGCCAUCAGUGAACUACAAAGGUUACGUGGAAGCGGAUGCAUCACAGCGCGCACACUACGUGCCCGCGCACGCGCUGUAUCUUGUGCACGGUCUCGCUGACAUGUCAGCGCCUUACCCGCACGCGUUACAGUUGGCUAGAGCCUUGACUGAUGCCGGCGUGCUCUUCAGAUAUCAGGCAUAUGCCGAUGAAGGUCACGAUCUGAAAGGUGUUAUUGAACAUGUAUAUCGUUCCAUGGAGGACUACCUCCGCGAGUGCCUGUCCCUCGACCCUGAGGACACCAAGUUGCCGCCACCCGACAGAUAG